AUGCCUUCAAUCGACGGAUACACACAUGUCUCUGGCAGUUCAGCACCUCUCUCUCCGGUUCACCAACGCGCUCCACCCCCUCCUGUUGAAUCACCUAGGGGCUUUGGAAUAACAGUGCUAGUCAUACAAUGGGUGAUUACACUGGACACACUAAGGCAAAUGGUAGAAAUGCACGAAAUGUUUUCAGGAAAAAUAUUUGAAUGGUACCAUGAGCUCGGCCAACAUACUUUUGGUGAUUCUGAACCUCCAAAGAUGUUUGACAGAACAGCUAAUCUAUCAAACAAUCAGAUAAUCAACUACAGAUGUGAUCCAUUUAAGAAAUGGCUGGUCUCUAAUCCUGGACAAGUUACUUCAAAGCUUCAUGUCACUGAACCAGGAAAACCCUCAUUCACUUGAAGCAAGCAGACUUUUUCUUUCCUCCCCACUUUCAAGAUGAUUUUCCAGUUGCCAUGUUUAAAAUGAAGGGUAUGGUGGUCAACCCAAACAGACAAUAAGCUAUAUGGCAGAGCACGUGGUUGGCCAAGAUUCAUUUGGAAUUAUGUUUCAGGCCAAAUGCUUAAAAACUGGAGAAGUUGUUACAGUUAAAAAAGUAAUUAAAUAUAAACGAUACAAGAAUCAUUUAUAUUGUUGGUUAGCACUAAAACCUCUUGAUGGAUAUGAUUAUGGAAGUAUUUGUUCUAAUUUAUGUCUUUUGAUAAUGUCUUUUGGCCCUCCACAUCCAUCCGAGCAGCUUAUCUAAGUAAGACUGGAAAAUACUAGUUUGCUUGAAAUUUUUGAAAUUGUAAUAUAAUCAUUUCAAUAUGGUCUCAAAAUGUGUCUUAUUUUCAAGAUAAUGGAUUUUGGUGAAGGUGGCUGAUCGCGGAAGCCUGUAACUUUUGUGGCGAGUUUAUAUCUCUUGAUUUCCGUACAUAACGAUAUUGCAUAAAUGUAUAAAUAUAUCUUAUAAUGAUGGCAGGCGAAGAGAUGUUGAUGAAAUGCUUGAGUUUUGUGAGGACCAAUAAAAUUUGUUUCCAUAAGGGAAUUUCUUGUUAGCAUUAAUUUGUUACCCAAUGAAUAUAUUAAGUUAAAUAUAAACAAAAAUUAUAGUAGUG